AUGACAGUAGUUAGGAAUGAGAAAGAUGAGCUAAUCCCCACCAGGACUGUGACAGGGCAUAGGAUGUGUAUUGACUAUAGGAAGCUUAGUGCUACCUUUAGGAAGGACCAUUUUCCUUUGUCCUUCGUAGAUAAAAUGUUAGAGAGGCUGGUAAAGCAAAGGUGUGAGGAGUCCAACUUAGUGAUGAAUUGGGAAAAAUGCCACUUCAUGGUGAAGGAGGGCAUUGUGCUGGGACACAAGAUCUCAGAGGCUGGCAUUGAAGUGGACAAGGCAAAAGUUGAGGUUAUGGUGAAUCUGCAAGCACCAAGUUCAUUCAAAGAGCUGAGAAGCUUUCUAGGCCAUGCAGGGUUCUAUAGGAGGUUCAUCAGGAACUUUUCAAAGAUUGUAAGGCCGCUGACAAGACUUCUAUGCAAGGAGGUUGAGUUUUUGUUUGAUAAGGAAUGUGAAUAUGCCUUCACCACGAUCAAGAAAGCUUUUAUCUCAGCCUUCAUUGUUCAAGCACCAGACUGGAGUUUGCCAUUUGAAAUCAUGACAGAUGCCAGUGAUUUUGCUGUUGGUGCUGUCUUGGAUCAGAAGAAGGAUAAGAAGCUUCAUGUCAUGUACUAUGCCAGUAGGACAUUGGACAAAGCUUAA